AUGUUACUCCUCCAGUUAAUCUCCCACCUCCUCCCUCUACUCGUCCUCAUCACAUGUUCUCUCGCUGCACAAGAUCUCUACAAAGUUCUCGGACUCGACAAGUCCUGCUCCGAGCGCGACCUGAAGAAAGCCUACCGCACCCUCUCCAAGAAGUACCAUCCAGAUAAAGCCACGGGAGAUGAAAAGAGAUUCCUCGAAGUCACGGAGGCGUACGAAGCCUUGUCCGAUCCCACGACACGCAAAAUCUAUGAUCAAUAUGGUCAUGAGGGAUUAGAAAGUCAUAAAAGAGGCGGAGGUGGUGGAGGACAUGCUCAUGACCCCUUUGAUCUUUUUUCCAGGUUUUUCGGCGGUGGAGGACAUUUUGGUGCCGGGGGAGGGAGCGGAGUGAGAAGGGGCCCAGAUCUGGAAGUUAGAUUGCAUGUGCCGUUACGAGAUUUUUACACUGGCCGAGACACCGAAUUCACAAUCGAGAAACAGCAAAUUUGCGAAGAGUGCGAAGGGUCAGGCUCUGCCGAUGGACAGGUCGAGACUUGCAAUAAAUGCGGGGGACGAGGGAUGAUCAUCCAGAAACACAUGCUGGCGCCAGGCAUAUUUCAACAAGUUCAGAUGGCAUGUGAUCAAUGCGGUGGACAAGGCAAGUCGAUCAAACACAAAUGCAAAGUGUGCGGAGGAAAGAAGGUGGUGAGAGGACCCACAACGUUGACGGCGAGCAUCGAGAGAGGCAUGCCCAAGGGCCAUCGCCUGGUGUUUGAAAGUGAAGCGGACGAGCAUCCUGAUCAUGUUGCCGGUAAUUUGUACGCAUACAUCAUGGAAUCAGAACCCAUGAUCAGCGAGGAUGAGGGCGCACGAACAGACGGAACAUUCUUCCGCCGCAAAGAUGACGACUUGUACUGGAAGGAAGUCCUGAGCUUGCGAGAGGCUUGGAUGGGCGAUUGGACACGCAAUCUGACCCAUUUAGACGGUCAUUUGGUUCAACUAUCCCGAAAACGCGGCGAAGUUGUCCAGCCUGGUCAGGUAGACACAAUCAAGGGCGAGGGAAUGCCGUUGUACCAUGAAGGUCAUGUGCAUGAGCACGAUCAUGACGCGGAGGAGUUCGGCAAUCUUUACGUGGAGUAUGUUGUUGUCUUACCAGAUCAGAUGGAAAGUGGCAUGGAAAAGGAGUUCUGGGCCAUUUGGGAGAAAUGGCGUAAAAAGAAGGGUGUGGAUUUGCUCAAGGACAGUGGCAGACCGCCUCCCGUUGUACCAGUAAAAGAUGAAUUAUAG